AUGGAACGGCUGGGAGACCCCGAGGAGAGGUUUGAGAGCAGGCGGAGUCUACCAUGGUGUGGACAGAACGGUCGUUUAGGGAAGCUGAAUCAGGCUCUGCUGCCAGCUGGAGUGUUGUUGGUCUUUCACUCGUGUUAUAUCUGUAAACGUUGGACUAUUUUGCUGCCACUGGUGAACAAUCUUCUGAGAACUGAGGGAAAAUGUUUCUUCUUUGGCAUCCUUUGCGUUCUGUCAGUCACGUCGAUUGAAAGUGUCAGAGGGGACCAAGGUGUCGAAGCUCGUAAGCAGGAGAUCAUCAAAGUGACUGAGCAGCUGAUUGAGGCCAUCAACAAUGGAGACUUUGAAGCCUACACGAAGAUCUGUGAUCCUGGCCUGACAUCCUUUGAACCAGAGGCCUUGGGAAACCUCGUGGAGGGAACUGACUUCCACAAGUUCUACUUUGAGAACGCUCUGUCCAGGAGCAAGCAAGGGCCCGUCCACACCAUCCUGCUCAACCCCCACGUGCACCUGAUCGGCGAGGACGCGGCGUGCAUCGCCUACAUCCGCCUCACCCAGUACAUGGACGCCAGCGGCAUGCCGCGCACCAUGCAGUCAGAGGAGACACGCAUCUGGCAGCGCCGUGACGCCAAGUGGCAGAACAUCCACUUCCACCGCUCCGGCUCACCCACUGUGCCCGCCAAGUAAGUUGAGAUGAUU